GUACGCUUCAUUACGCGUUUUUGCAUCCAAAAAUCACAUUUUGACUUUUCUUCUCUACAUUUAACUGUUUUGAAAUUUAUAAGUGAACACUAUUUUCCCAUUUCGUAUCCUAACUCAAAGUCUUUGUGAAUCAUCUCUCAUGGCUUCUUCUUCUUCCUCACCUCGCAACUGGAGAUACAAUGUCUUCACGAGCUUCCAUGGACCAGACGUCCGUAUUAAAUUUCUCAGUCAUUUACGUCAACAGUUUGUCUACAAUGGAAUUACAAUGUUCGAUGACAACGGGAUCGAAAGAAGCCAAAUUAUCGCUCCAGCUCUCAAAAAAGCCAUUGGAGAAUCAAGGGUCGCGAUUGUAUUGCUCUCGAAGAACUAUGCUUCUUCCAGUUGGUGUUUGGAUGAGCUAUUGGAGAUUUUAAAGUGCAAAGAAUAUAUAGGACAAAUAGUGAUGACUGUCUUCUACGAAGUUGAUCCUUCUCACGUGCGCAAACAAACCGGAGAUUUUGGGAUUGCUUUCAAAGAAACUUGUGCUCAUAAAACAGAGGAGGAGAGGAGCAAAUGGAGCCAAGCUUUGACCUAUGUGGGCAACAUAGCCGGAGAAGACUUCAUACACUGGAAAGAUGAAGCAAAAAUGAUAGAGAAGAUAGCAAGAGAUGUUUCGACUAAAAUAAAUGUCACACCGUGUCGGGAUUUUGAUGACAUGGUUGGACUAGAAAGACAUUUGAAGGAAAUGGUGUCUUUGCUAGAUUUAGACAAAGAAGGAGUUAAGAUGGUUGGAAUCUCUGGUCCUGCAGGCAUUGGUAAGAGUACCAUUGCCAAAGCUUUACAUAGUCGACACUCUAGUACGUUUCAACAUAAUUGUUUUGUGGACAAUCUUUGGGAAAACUAUAAGAUUUGUACUGGUGAGCAUGGUGUGAAGUUGCGCUUACAUGAGCAAUUUGUUUCAAAAAUUUUGAAACAAAAUGGUUUGGAACUAACUCAUUUAAGUGUGAUAAAAGAUAGGCUACAAGACAAGAAGGUUCUUAUCAUUCUUGAUGAUGUGGAGAGUUUAGCUCAACUUGAGACUUUGGCUGAUAUGACGUGGUUUGGUCCUGGAAGUAGGGUCAUAGUAACGACUGAAAACAAAGAGAUUUUGCAGCAACAUGGUAUCGGUGAUAUAUACCAAGUUGGAUAUCCAUCAGAAAGCGAAGCACUAACGAUCUUCUGUCUAUCUGCUUUUAAACAAGCCUCUCCACCUGAUGGGUUUAUGGAUCUUGCGGAUGAAGUUGUAAGAAUUUGUGAUAAGCUUCCAUUGGCUCUGUGUGUUUUAGGGUCGUCAUUGCUGCGAAAGAGCCAGACUGACUGGGAGGAUGAACUGCCAAGGUUGAGAAACUGUCUUGACGGAAUUGAGAGUGUAUUGAAAGUGGGCUUUGAGAGUUUAAAUGAGAAAGACCAAGCUCUAUUUCUCUACAUUACAGUCUUCUUCAAUUAUGAAUGUGCUGAUCAUGUGACGUUGAUGCUAGCGAAAUCUAACUUGAAUGUUAGACUUGGGUUGAAAAACCUAGCUAAUAGGUAUCUCAUACAUAUAGAUCACGACCAAAAAAAAAGAGUGGUAGUGCAUCGUUUGCUACGAGUAAUGGCUAUACAAGUUUGUACCAAACAAAAGCCUUGGAAAAGCCAGAUUCUAGUAGAUGCCGAAAAGAUAGCUUAUGUUCUUGAAGAAGCAACGGGUAAUCGAUCUAUUAAAGGUGUAUCAUUUGACACAGCGGAGAUCGACGAAUUAAUGAUAAGCCCAAAGGCUUUUGAAAAAAUGUGCAAUCUUUUGUUCCUGAAAGUCUACGAUGCGGGGUGGCAUACCGGAAAAAGAAAAUUGGACAUUCCAGAGGAUAUUAAGUUUCCACGUACCAUACGGUUAUUUCAUUGGGAUGCCUACUCAGGAAAGAGGCUUCCUAGUAGCUUUUUUGCAGAAAAUCUUGUUGAAGUCAAUAUGCAAGAUAGCGAGCUCCAGAAGCUAUGGGAAGGAACUCAGUGCCUUGCCAAUCUCAAGAAGAUAGAUCUUUCAAGGUCAUCUUGUUUGACGGAACUUCCAGAUCUUUCAAAUGCUACAAAUCUGGAGGACUUGUAUGUGGGUUCUUGCACUGCUUUGGUAGAGCUUCCAUCUUCGAUUGGGAAUCUUCAUAAACUAGCUCAUAUAAUGAUGUAUUCUUGCGAAAGUCUAGAAGUCAUUCCAUCUCUCAUCAACUUGACAUCUCUUACCUUCCUCAACAUGAAUAAAUGCUCAAGAUUGAGAAGAUUCCCAGAUAUCCCCACCAGCAUAGAGGACGUCCAAGUAACAGGUACAACUCUAGAGGAAUUGCCUGCAUCACUUACGCAUUGCUCUGGUCUUCAGACUAUUAAGAUAAGUGGAAGUGUAAAUCUCAAGAUCUUCUACACAGAGCUCCCCGUGAGUGUAAGCCAUAUAAAUAUAAGCAACAGUGGUAUUGAGUGGAUUACAGAAGAUUGCAUCAAAGGUCUUCAUAAUCUACACGACCUUUGUCUAUCAGGCUGCAAAAGACUCGUGUCACUGCCAGAGCUUCCUCGUUCGCUGAAAAUUCUACAAGCAGACGAUUGUGAUUCACUAGAGAGUUUAAAUGGCCAUUUAAACACUCCAAAUGCAGAGCUAUAUUUCGCUAACUGCUUCAAAUUGGAUGCAGAAGCACGACGAGCGAUAAUUCAGCAAUCGUUUGUUAGCGGGUGGGCUCUCUUACCAGGAUUAGAAGUACCUCCAGAGUUCGGCCACCGAGCCAGAGGAAAUUCCUUAAUAAUUCCUUAUUCUGCUUCCAACAGAUUUAAGGUUUGUGUCGUGAUGUCACUUAACCAUCAUCAACCCUUCGAAUUAGUUCCUAGAAACCUAUUAUAUCGUUGGACAGUCAUAGGCGACUCAGUGAGCUCUGAUGAAAAGACGUUUCACCUUUCACAUAUGUUCAACGCCGACUCAGUGAACUCCAAGUUACAAAAGCCACAUCUGUUCAUAUUUCACUCUUGCUUGCCAUUCAUAUUUCACUCGUGCUUGCCAUUCAUAUUUGACAUUAGCAAUAUAAUGCUCGAAUUCAGCAGCGAAUACAAAGAUUUCGACAUCCUUGAAUGUGGUGUUCAGAUCUUGACGGAUGAAACAGAUGAAAGAAACAUUUGGGGUUCUCUAGUAUUCUGAGAAGCAUUCGAAAGUGAAGAAGAAGACGUUGAUAAUCUCACUGACAGGAGACCUGAAGUCGGCGAAACGUCCAACAGAGGCAAUAAAGAGGGAGACAAAUCUGAAUCGGGAGAGGCGUCCAAAGACAAAGAUGAAGAUAUGGCCGAAGAGGACGACGAUGAUCACCAACAAGACAAUGGUGACUAUGAAUCCGUAUCAAGGAAGCGUCCAAGGAUGACGAUGAUCACAAAUCUCAAGGGGGAAAUCCAAAAACGUAUGAGAAUAUAAAAGGAGAACCCACCAUCUCCAUCAUGGCAUUAUCUCUGCAAAUUAGGAUCAUAUAUACUAUAUAAGGCCUUGUGGAAGGACAAAGAUCCAAUGCGAAGUGAACGAAAAAGCUUGGAAAAAAGAAGAUAAUUUGCAUUUAUCAGGAUAGAAAUGCAACAUGUAAUUACUUUUCUAAACGCUUGUACUUAUCUCCCAAUGUAAGAAUGCAAAUCUUGGAGUCUCCAAUAGCACGUAGUACUAUGUAUUUCUUC